AUGAUAUCGGUUCGUCAUCCGUUGAUUGAGAGCAGACCUACUCCAACAUUUUGCGAUGUUUGCUACGAGUUCAAAAGAGUUCUAUUUUCCUCUUUUUUCCUUCUUUUUGAACCCAAGAACAGUAAUAAAAUUGCAUUCGGAGUACUGUACAAAUGCAAGUCGUGCAAUCUCGUCUGCCACAAGCCCUGCAAAGACCUAAUCAAGUUCAGCUGCCAGAAUCAGCCUCAAAGUGCGAGGGAAAAUCAGCAGUUGAUGAAAUCACCUCCUGAAGAAAAAUUCGACACGAUCAGAAGGACUUUCUCUAAUCCUCAAUUAGCCAGUAGACUGGAACGAUACAAUCAGACAGUAAAGAACUCUUUCGUCAUGCAACUGCGGAAGGAUUACAGUUUUACUGGCUACAUUCGGGUGGAAUUGGAAUUGACGAGACCGAUUACAGUUUUGGAUGGAAAUUUGAACGAACCAGAAGUGAAAUAUCUUCCGAAAAAUACAGUCAAAGCAAUUUACCUGACCAGCCAGACAACUGCUAGUCAAGUAGUCAAGGCGCUUCUUCAAAAGUUCAAAAUCACAAACGACCCGCGAAAAUUCAUGCUCUGCGAGCGAAUCCAGAAGGGUCGCAAGGGAGAAAGCCACGUUACUAUACGGCCAAUGACGGAGCUGGAGAGACCACUCUUUCUGACACUGCUUUGGGGAAGUGCCCAUUCCGGUCAUGGCUUUAGGCUGAAGGAUCAACAAGAGGACACGCCGGAUUGGUACGACUUUGAGGAACAUGAGCUGACGCAGUUCCUUCGCUUGUACGAAGAAGAAAAGCAAAAAGCGCUAAAUGAAGUGAAAGAAGGCUUCGAAGUCCGCCGCUAUCAGAUUCACAAGAUUUUAAAAGAGCGGAAAGAACCGCUCGUUUCUCCGCUCUAA